AUGUUUUCGUGGGUUAAAAGUACUGCACAAGCAUCCAUUUCUGCAGCCCUCGGUACCGCUGAGCCAAUCUAUGGUCCAUCUGCCAUCCAAUCUGUUGCUCUUCAGGAAUCAGAAAACCCCACUUACGAGGUCACUCGAGAUGAUCUGAGAUGGCAUGGUCUCGACACAACAAGCGCCGAGACACAGACCUUCUACCUGGAAGCUGACAGUGGGCACAUGGGGCUUGUACAGAUCAUCUACUCUAACGUUGCAAACCUCCAUGUAACUGCUCAGGUGUCCACCAAAAUCUUCCAUCCAGAUGGGCGUAUAACUUGGUCUAGCAAGCCUCUCAUAAGCACCGACUACUUUGAUGAUACAAAGCACUCCUUCUAUGCCGACAACAUUGCUGUCAUACUGAGCGAGGACGGAAAGUCUUACACCAUCAAGAGCGCCGUCGACCCGACCAUUUUCAUCGAUCUCGUGGUAACUCAAACUACACCCGGGUUCAAGAUUGGAAAGGAUGGGCGCACAAAUUUCGGAACAGACCCAGCAAAUCCGUGGGGAGCCAUUAGACAUGUGUUCUGGCCCAGAAACACGUUGGAAGGGUUUAUCAAGGUCGGAGAUGAGAAGAUUAAUUUCAAAGGGAAAGCAAUGUAUGUUAUGGCGUUGCAAGGGAUGAAGCCACAUCACGCUGCUGCCAAGUGGAACUUUGUCAACUUCCAGGGCCCCACCUAUUCUGCUAUCAUGAUGGAGUUUACCACCCCCGCCUCCUACGGCUCAACAACCGUAAACAUCAUUGGUCUCUCCAAGGAUGGUGAGCUUGUAGCUGCCGGAACAAAGGGUGAAUGUGAACACGUAGCUUCGCAGCUAGAUGACGUAGAAUUGCCCGAACCUACAGCUGUAAAGUUUGUAUGGGACGCCACAACAAAGGAUGGGAAGGCAGUUGAGGCUGUACUUGAGGCAGAGUUGGGGAAGAAGAUUGAUCGUGUGGAUAUUAUGGCGGAGGUACCAGCCAUAAUCAAGAAAAUCGCUGGAAAUGUAGCAGGGACAAAGCCGUACAUGUACCAGUACCACAAGAAAACGACCAUGAAAAUCAAGAUUGGCGAUGAGGUCAUUGAAGAGGAAGGAAAGCUCUUCUACGAAGCAACCUUCAUCUCCGAACUGUAG